CUCCCUGGUAGAAUGUUGUGCGUCCGGUAACGACAAAUUUUGAAACGUUUUCGAACCCGUAACAUGUGAUUUUUGUUUACCAGUGCACCGUUUGUUAGUUUGUUUCCACCCACCCGAACAAAAUGAGUACCACGAGUGACAGUCUCUGUAGGAUUUUAUUGGUGUUUUGCCUAUUCGGAUGUGUACCGAAGGCAUGGAGCCAACUGCUGGAGACGGAUUUCAUCCCCCAAGUGUCUGCGACGUGCAAAGCCGGUCACAUGAACAUCAGGGUGAACUUUAAUGGCUCCUUCGUGGGCACCAUUCACGCGAGGGAUUACAGGACGCCGUCUUGUAUGAAGAACGGCGACGGAUCCAAAUCCGCGACGCUCGACAUAAACCUGCUGGCGCAACCAGGGGCGCCGGAUUACUGCGGACCGCUUGUCAAUAACAAGACGGAAGAGCGAUCCCUUCCCAUAGCCGUCCGCAUCCACCGCACCCUCGAGCUGGCCGACGACAAGUUCUACGUCAUCACGUGCGGCAAGGCGGGCUUCCUCAACACCUCCCUGGUCUCCCUGCGUCUCACGGAAGGCACCAGGAAGGUGAUCGAAGCAGUCUACCACCGUUCGUACACCCUAAAGGUGGAAAUUCUGAGACCGGACAGCACUUACGGCUUCCGGGUGAAGAACUGCCUGGCCUUCAACAGACCCAACAGCACGGAGCAGUUGGUGGACCAGAGGGGCUGCCCCGUCGGGAACAUCAUCGAUCCCUUCGUCUACGACGAGAAGAAGGGCAUCGCUGAGGCUCAGAUCAAGUCGAUGUUCAGGUUUCCCGACAACUCCGAAGUGCAUAUUCAG